ACUGCCGUUUCCAUACGUGGUAAUCAAGGAAAUCAAUUUUAUGCUUCGUCUUGAUGGAGAAACGUUUUCGGCCCCUCUCUUCUCUCUGAAACUCUCUCUCUCAUUUAAAAAUAAACCUUUAACUUUCGGGUCUGAGCGUGCAGGCAGCUGAAGCUAACCUCCGAGACGUGCCAUUUCUCCGAAGUAACUCAACUUCUCGUACAUCGCAGCUUCUGGCCUUUGAACUGUUUGCAACAAGUGCUACUCCGAAAACCCAUUAAACUUCAAUCCAGGAAUCUGCUUUGUGGCUGCUGCUAUAAUGUCAAUAUUGCCAAAAUUACGGUGUAUCACCGUGGAUGUUACUGGUACUUUGAUAGCUUACAAAGGAGAACUUGGUGACUACUAUUGCAUGGCAGCCAAAUCUGUUGGGCUGCCAUGCCCUGACUACAAACGUGUGCAUGAGGGCUUCAAACUUGCCUAUAAAGACAUGGCCAAAAAGCAUCCUUGUUUUGGGUAUGCCACAAAAAUGCCCAACAUAGUGUGGUGGAAGACGUGUGUGAGAGACUCCUUUGUCAGGGCUGGAUAUGACUAUGACGAGGAUACAUUUGAGAAGGUGUUCAGACGCAUAUAUGCAUCUUUUGGUUCAUCUGCUCCUUAUACUCUCUUUCCAGACUCCCAACCAUUUCUAAGAUGGGUGCGUGAGCAGGGGAUUAAAGUUGGGAUUGUUAGUAAUGCAGAUUAUCGGUAUCGAGAUGUAAUUCUUCCAGCCAUGAAUAUCAACCAGGGAUCUGAAUGGGACUUUGGAGUGUUUUCUGGUCUCGAAGGUGUAGAGAAACCUGACCCAAGGAUUUACGAAAUUGUGCUCAAGAGAGCUGGAGAUAUUGCACCGGAAGAAGUUCUGCAUAUUGGGGACAGCAUGCGCAAAGACUAUGUGUCAGCAAAGACUCUGGGGAUGCAUGCAUUACUGUUGGAUAGAUUCAAGACGCCUGAUGCUGAGGAAUGGAGAAAAUCUGGUGCCAUUGUGCUUCCUGAAUUAAUGGCAACAAAAGAUUGGCUUACUUCACGAAAGUCAACCUGCUGAGUGGCUUUCUUCUCUCUCCUUCAUGAGUUACGUGGAUGAUUCUUCCCCAUUCAUGUCGUUAAGACUUCAAUGACUUGUAUUAAUCAGCUGGUGUGUCCACAAAAUUUUGGUUUAUGCAGCUUGUUUCACAACAUAUGAUCCGUU